AUGCUGCAGGUACUUAUUUUGAGAUCCAACAAAUUUUAUGGCUCCAUUGCCAAUCCUAUGGCUCGAUUUCCUUUCAGAAAGUUGCGGAUAUUGGACCUUGCCCACAAUGAGUUCAGUGGGAAAUUGCCAGCAGAAUAUUUUAAAAGUUUGAUGGCAAUGAUGGAAGCAAUUACCACUAAAUUCGAAUAUAUGGGAGAAGAUUAUUACCAAGAUUCUGUAUCUGUUGAGAUGAAAGGCACAUUUAUGGAACUAGUGAAAAUUCUAUCUAUUUUCACUGCCAUUGAUCUCUCCAAAAAUAACUUUGAGGGAGAGAUUCCGAAAGUGCUUGGGAAUCUCAGAUCACUCAAAGGGCUUAACUUUUCUCACAACAAAUUGACGCGUUCUAUUCCUCCAUCAUUGGGAAACUUAAGCAGUCUUGAAUGGUUAGACUUUUCUUCAAACCAGCUUGUUGGUAGGAUUCCUCAACAGUUGACAGAUAUAACAUUUCUCGAAGUGUUGAACCUUUCCAAUAAUAGGUUGGAUGGAUCCAUUCCAACCGGCAAGCAAUUUGAUACAUUUGGUUAUUCUUCCUACAGUGGAAACAUGGGGUUAUGUGGACUUCCAUUGACCAAAUCAUGCAGCAAUAAUAUUGAUGAGGCACAAAAAGAAGGUGAUGAGGAUGAGCAAACAAAUGGGUUUGACCUUUGGAAAAUUGUAGUGAUAGGCUAUGGAUGUGGAGUGGUGAUUGGAAUAUCAAUUGGAUACAUGGCGCUUUCAGAUAGAAGAAUUGCUCUGUUUUUUAUGAAAAAGCUUGAAGGAGAAUGA